UCCAUGAAGUUUUUGGGAAUUUGGCCUGAGAAAAGAAGAUUUAAUCGACUAUCAAGUUACGUCGUUUUAAUGCCACUCGGUAUGAUGAUAGUAUUCAUCAAUAUACCACAAACGUUUGAUCUUUACUAUAUAUGGGGUGAUCUUAAUUCUAUGGUUGAAAAUUUGUCAAUUGGAAACAUGGUCGUGUUCAUAUCCGUCUUGAAGACUAUCAUCUUUUGGUUUAACGGAGAAUCCAUUCGUCCGCUGUUAAAAAGUAUGGAACAAGAUCGAAAAGAAGCGAGUACCGAAGAAGAAGUUAAAAGGAUGAUGAGAAUAGCAAAAAUUUGCAGAAGAUUAUCAGCAGCAUUAAUUUUAACGUAUUACACGCUUCUUCUUAUACUCAUCAUUCUACAAAUUCUUUUAGUUUACAUCGCAGGACGUGUUUUAAUAUUGCGUUCAUAUUUUCCUUACAACUUUCAAAAGACACCGAAUUAUCAGCUAACCAUUGUCGCUCAAAUGACAGCUGCAUACUUCACUGGAGGAACUUAUACAGGUGUUGACACUUUUGUGGUUACUUUGGUGCUACACGCAUGCGGACAAUAUGAAAAUUUGGAACAACGAUUACGCAACGUUUGUAUCAAAACUGACGAUGAUUUUCAAACUAAGUUAACACAAAUUGUUAAAAAACACAAUGCUUUAAAUAGAUUUGUUGAGACGAUCGAGGAACAAUUUAAUGAUAUGUUAUUGUUACAAAUGUUAUGCUGUACGAUUUUACUUUGUGUUACAUGUUUUUUGGCAACAUCGUCAAUUGGAGGAAACAAUAAUAUGAUGUCCGUUCAAUUAGCAUUCUUUAUGGUAUAUUUAACAUAUAUUUUACUUCAAAUGUAUAUGUAUUGUUAUAUUGGUGAAAGAUUACUUUCCGAGGGUAUUGGAAUUAUCGAUGCUAUAUACGAAUGUAAAUGGUAUACUUUACCACCCAAUGAAGCUAAAUCAUUAAUGAUAAUUAUGCUUAGAGCAAAAAUACCUCUGCAAAUUACAGCUGGUAAAUUUUGUCAGUUCAGUCAUAAUCUGUUUAGUAGUAUUUUGAAGACAUCAAUGAGUUACUUGUCGUUACUGCAUGCAAUGAAUGUAGGAAAUGCUGAAUGA